AUGCCUCAAGGACGUGCUCAACCGGGACAGUAUUGCUAUGCAGUAGGCCUUGGACAAGUGAUGGAAGACGUAGACACCGAUGUUCCUCGUUAUGCAGAAGUACAAGUAGUGAGCAACUCGCGAUGCAAGCAUUCUCCUGAGUAUGUCGAAGAUAUUAUGUUAUGCGUCGAAGCGAAAAGCGGCCAUAGUUAUCCGUAUAAAGGCGACUCUGGAAGUCCACUCGUUUGCCCUGAAAUUCGAGACGGAAUCACCGUGAAGGUACUAUACGGCUUGUUGAGUAGAAUUACUAGAGACGGAACUGACAUGUUCUUCUAUAUGGAUAUCCAUGCCUUCCAGAAAUGGAUUAAAUGCAGCGUGUAG